CUUUAAUUAACAACAACUUUACUUACUACAGUGUUAUAAUAUUAAUAGGACCAACAGAUCUACAGUGAGAUUAUUUUACAUCCCUUUUUUUCUGCUCUCUCCGUCAGUGAUCAUCUUCACUUCCUACAUUACACCUUAUUUACUAUUAUUUUUAAAUAAUUAGUUAAAUGCAUUUGUCAAUACUGUGUUCACAUUUUCAAAAAAAAAGUGUUAAAGAAGUGAAUAUAAUAUUAAAAGUAUAGUAUUUUAAAAAUGUGUAACAAUAUAAUUGUAAAAACUGGAAACUGAUCUGGAAUCUGCACAUUGUGUAGUAUUACUCUCUGCAAGUAGUCUUUAUUUUCAGAUGUAGUUGUAACAUGGUGUCUAACCACAGCUGCUUAACUGCAAGUGACUCUCUGGAAUUUAAAAGAAAAAAUACACACAUGAUCACAAGAUAGUGUAACACACACAGUAGUUAGGAACUGGGCUGAGAAACAAGAGAUUAGGGAUUCAGUAAUAAUUCAUUCUUAUUCAAACUAAGUAGUCAGUAGUAAAACAGACUCAUUUCGAGAUUUUGGAAUUAAAUGUACUGAAGUAUUUUUCUUAAAAUUUCAUUUUGAAAUGUUGUACUUCAUAUUGUAUUCAGUAGAUUGUGAGUUUUUGUAUGUUUGUUUCUGUAGGCUGUUCUCUCUUUGCUGAUAAUCCGACAGAAAUCACACGACACAAAGGUGGUUCAGUGCUGUUCCCCUGCUCCUGCUCUGACCUGCACACCAAACCUCAGAGAUUCACCUGGGAGAGCGACAGAACAGGACGUCUGACAGAAGUGUUAAAUGAUGAACACUACCGUGACAGACAUCAGCUGUUUAAUCACAUUUCUCCUGCUAAUCUGUCUCUGUUCAUAUCUGACCUGAGAGAAGAGGAUCAGGGAGUCUACAGGUGCAGCACUGAGAAGGACCACAGAGACAUCAGGCUUUAUGUUAAAGGCUGUGAGCUGGUGAAGACAGGGGUAGAGCGUGUGACUGUGUUCACAGGAGAGUCUGUAGUUCUGCCCUGUGUCUGCACUGACCUACAGGACAAACCAAAGUCUGUAAAAUGGGAGUUUUCUUUACCAGCAAUUGGAAUCAGACACUUUCAGGAAAUUUACCCUGAACAGACUGGACGUCACAGAAACAGAGUCAAACUGGUCAGUAACAACGCUCCAGGAAACCUCUCUCUACUCAUAUCAGACCUGACUGAAGAGGACCAGGGACUCUACAGAUGUUCUGUACAGGACGAUAGCAGAGAUGUCAGAUUAUCUGUUAAAGUAGGAAGAAGAGAACCAUCACAACCACCUCAGAGUAAAACAACAAACUCUCCACCUGCAUCAUCGUCAACAACACUGGAACAAGAUAAACAGCAAACACACAGCAGCCUCCCUCCAGGAGGAAGAUGUGGAGAGGACGUGAUCACUGAAGGACAUCAGGACUGUGAGGGAAAGCCGGAGGAUCGGACUGAACCUGACCGUGUCACUUUCUGUACUAAAUAACACAUGAACACAGCCGGAGCAGCACGAGUUCAGAUCAACGCUGGAGAGAAAACUGAAUAUAGAAGCAUUAUAACAAUCUAAUCCAAAAUAAAUAUAGACACGUUCUCAGAUAUUAUAGAAUAAUGCUGAAAACAUAUAUUAAAUACACACCAUGGCCUAGCGCAAGACUCACUCUGUUGGAUUUAUUGUAAGUAUCUGAAAUUUUGCUAUUUAAAAAAUCAGAUUCAGACAUAUACGUGUGUGUGAGAGAGUGUGUGUGUGUGUGUGUGUGUGUGUGUGUGUGUGUGUGUGUGUGUGUGUGUGUGUGUGUGUGUGUUUGUGUGUGGUGGUUCCAGAUAAUUGUGUUCUCUUCACCUUCAUUUAUAUUAGCUAAGGGUAUUGUUCUGCAUUCACUUUGUCUAUUAAUCAUUAAAAACUGCUGAUGGAUAAUCUUGCAAAUUAUAUUUUGAAUGUACGUGUUAUUUUAUAUCUUAUGUGUACCAUUCUUACGUAUAUGAGAUUAAAAAAUUAAUGCUCUAGGAGACU